CCCGUUUUCUCUUCUCUUUCUUUUUCCUUCCCACUCUCCACUCUGCUUUAAGCUUACCACAGGUGAAGGUGGUAAUUAGCUUUUGGACAUCAUGAUCUCCACCCGCCUUGCGCGCGCCGGUGCGCUGGCCCCCAAGUCCCGUCUUCUUUUCGGGACCCGGGCCUACGCUACCGCCUCCCCUCUUGACAAGAAGGUCGAGAUGACCAUCCACGAGAAGGGCAACUACAUCAACUACAAGAAGAUGAACGAGAACCUUGACAUCGUCCGUGCUCGUCUGCAGACCCCUCUCACCUACGCCGAGAAGAUCCUGUACUCUCACCUUGACGAUCCCCAUGGCCAGGACAUCGAGCGUGGUACCUCCUACCUGAAGCUCCGUCCCGACCGUGUUGCUUGCCAGGACGCCACUGCCCAGAUGGCUAUUCUGCAGUUCAUGUCCGCUGGCAUGGCUUCCGUCCAGACCCCCACCACCGUCCACUGUGACCACUUGAUUGAGGCCCAGGUUGGUGGUGAGAAGGAUUUGGCCCGUGCCAACGAGAUCAACAAGGAGGUUUACGACUUCCUUGCCUCUUCCACCGCCAAGUACAACAUCGGUUUCUGGAAGCCCGGUUCCGGUAUCAUUCACCAGAUCAUCCUUGAGAACUACGCUUUCCCCGGUGGUCUGAUGAUCGGUACUGACUCCCACACCCCCAACGCCGGUGGUCUUGCUAUGGCUGCAAUCGGUGUCGGUGGUGCCGAUGCUGUCGACGUUAUGGCUGGUCUCCCCUGGGAGCUGAAGGCCCCUAAGGUCAUUGGUGUCCGCCUCACUGGUAAGAUGUCUGGCUGGACCACCCCCAAGGAUAUCAUCCUUAAGGUUGCCGGUCUCCUGACUGUCAAGGGUGGUACUGGUGCCAUCAUUGAGUACCACGGACCCGGUGUUGAGUCCCUGUCCUGCACUGGUAUGGCUACCAUCUGUAACAUGGGUGCCGAGAUUGGUGCCACCACCUCCCUCUUCCCCUUCAACGACCGUAUGUACGACUACCUGAAGGCCACCAAGCGUCAGAACAUUGGUGACUUCUCCCGUGAGUACGCCGCCCAGCUCCGUGAGGACGAGGGUGCCCAGUACGACCAGCUCAUUGAGAUCAACCUUGAUGAGCUUGAGCCUCACAUCAACGGUCCCUUCACUCCCGAUCUUGCCACCCCUAUUUCCCAGUUCAAGGAGGCUGUCAAGACCAACAAGUGGCCCGAGGAGCUCAAGGUCGGUCUGAUCGGCUCUUGCACCAACUCCUCCUACGAGGACAUGUCCCGUGCCGCUUCCAUCGCCCGUGACGCUCUUGACCACGGUCUCAAGUCCAAGUCUCUGUUCACCAUCACCCCCGGUUCCGAGCAGAUUCGCGCUACCAUCGAGCGUGACGGUCAGCUCGCCACCCUCGAGGAGUACGGUGGUGUUAUCCUGGCCAACGCUUGCGGUCCUUGCAUUGGUCAGUGGGACCGUAAGGAUGUGAAGAAGGGUGAUGCCAACUCCAUCAUCUCCUCCUACAACCGUAACUUCACUGGCCGUAACGACGCCAACCCCGCUACCCACGCCUUCGUUGCCUCCCCCGACCUGGUCGUCGCCAUGACCGUUGCCGGUACCCUCAACUUCAACCCCCUCACCGACUCCCUAAAGGACAAGGACGGUAACGAGUUCAAGCUCAAGCCCCCCACCGGCGAUGGUCUUCCCGAGCGUGGAUACGACCCCGGUAUGGACACCUACCAGGCUCCCCCUGCCGACCGUGCCUCCAUUGAGGUCGUUGUCUCCCCCACCAGUGACCGUCUGCAGCUCCUUGCUGGCUUCUCUGCCUGGGACAAGAAGGAUGCCCUUGACAUCCCCAUUUUGAUCAAGUGCCAGGGCAAGACCACCACUGACCACAUCUCCAUGGCUGGUCCCUGGUUGAAGUACCGUGGCCACUUGGACAACAUCUCCAACAACAUGCUGAUCGGUGCCACUAACGAGGAGAACGGUGAGGCCAACAAGGUUAAGAACGCCUUCACUGGCAAGUACGACGCUGUUCCCGCCACUGCCCGUGACUACAAGGCCCGCGGUGUCAAGUGGGUUGUCAUUGGUGACUGGAACUACGGUGAGGGUUCUUCCCGUGAGCACGCCGCUCUGGAGCCCCGUCACCUCGGUGGUCUGGCCAUCAUCACCCGCUCCUUCGCUCGUAUCCACGAGACCAACCUGAAGAAGCAGGGUAUGCUGCCCUUGACCUUCACCGACCCCGCCGAUUACGAGAAGAUCAAGCCUGCCGACAAGGUUGACCUUCUGUGCACUCAGCUCGAGGUUGGCAAGCCCAUGACCCUCCGUGUUCACCCCGCCGCCGGUGGUGAUGCCUUCGACAUCUCUCUCAGCCACACCUUCAACGAGUCCCAGAUUGAGUGGUUCGUCGACGGUUCUGCCCUGAACACCAUGGCCCGCAAGGCUGCCAACUAA